GGGUGGUGAAGAGCCGAGUUAUGUUGAAGAGAUUACUGUCGCCCUGAGGUUAAAGACCAGCUGGAACCGGUUCCCUUCCUCCGAGUGCAUGGCUGCCAGGCACUGCGAACCAGCGCCGGUCUCCUCCACGCUCUGUAAACACAGCACUUGGCAAGGGGCACCCUCUCGCCAGGGUCCAGCCAGUUCCGGCAGGGAUGGCACAGAGUGUGGGGCUGCCCAGCCACUGUCUCGUGAACUGUACUGAAUCCCCGCUUUCAUUCUCCAAACAGCUGUAGGCAGCAACAGAGCAAGACAGGGGAGGAGCCUGACCCUCAGUGACAGCAGCAUGGACAGAAUGACGGACGAUGCCCUGAGGCUCCACCUGCUAAAGCGAGGCCUGGACCGUGCCGAGGAGCGGGAUGACGUGGUGGCUAAGCGGUUGAAGAUGGAAGGCCAUGAGGCCAUGGAGCGGCUGAAGAUGCUGGCCCUGCUGAAGCGCAAGGACAUGGCCAGCCCCGAGAUGCCCCAGGACCUGGUGGUCAAACCAGAGCACCAGAAGGUGGGCGAGGAGAAGCUGAACGGCAGUCUGAAGCCCCGCCUGGAAAUCCGCAGCGCGGGCAAAGCGGGCAAGGAGAACAUGGGGGAUGAGCCAGUCGACAUGAGUGCCCACAAAAGCGACGUGGAUAGAGAGCGGAGCACCCCCUCGCCAGAUAUCAUCGUGCUGUCGGACAAUGAGGCAUCCAGCCCGAGGGCCAAUGGCAGGUUCGAAGACCGCAACAAAGUGGCGAACCUGGAGCUCUUUAAGGGCAAGGGCCCCGAGGAGCGGCAGAUGAUCAUCAAGCAGCUUCGGGACGAGUUGCGGUUGGAGGAAGCCAGGCUGGUGCUGCUGAAGAAACUCCGCCAGAGCCAGAUACAGAAGGAGAAUGUGGUGCAGAAGGUGCCUGUUGUGCAGAAUACACCGUCCGUUAUCCAGCCCUCGCUGGCUCAAGGUGGCCAGCAGAUGCUGUCCAAGCCACCGUCACGGCCCAUCUCUCAGGUAUUGGACCCUCAGAACCUGCGUGGAUCUCAGGGUCACCCGGUUAUCAGGUCAGUUCCCAACAGCACCCUGCCACAGCUGCUGAUGUCUCAGCGAGUGAUCGCUCCGAGCCCAGCCCAGAUGCAGAACAUGAGGCUUAACAAACCGGCUCUCAUCCACAGCCCAGUGUCCAGUCAGACUUCAGCAAGUUCCUACCAGAAGCAGGUUGGUUCAUCCAUCCCAUCACCUCGGACCACCCCGUCCACCAUCUACAUGAAUGUCCAGCCCCACGUGCAGUCCAGCCUGACGACGGCAGCGGGGGCCAGCCCGGCCCUGUCCAGCCCCGGUGGCCUGAGUGACCCAGCCAGCAGCCAGGCCGCGGCCAAGCUGGCCCUGCGCAAGCAGCUCGAGAAGACCCUGCUGGAGAUCCCACCGCCCAAACCUUCGCCUCCGCUGCUCAACUUCCUGCCCAGUGCUGCCAACAAUGAGUUCAUCUACAUGCUGGGCCUGGAGGAGGUGGUACAGAGCGUCAUCGAGAGCCAAGGGAAGGGGCGUUUCCAGCUAACACAAAUUGACCCGUUUGUGUGCUCCCAGUGUCGGACGGACUUCACCCCCCACUGGAAGCAGGAGCGGAGCGGGAACAUCCUGUGUGAACAGUGCGUGACCUCCAACCAGAAGAAAGCGCUGAAAGCUGAGCACACUAACAGGCUCAAGACCGCAUUCGUCAAAGCCUUGCAGCAGGAGCAGGAAAUUGAGCAGCGAAUACAGCAGCAAGCGGCAGCUGUCUCGGCGCCCCCUACGUCUGUACCCACCGGUGUGCCAAUGAGCAAACCCGAGCCAGUGAUCAGGCACCACCCUCUCCGACAGCAGCCGCCUCAGUCACAAUCGUCACUCCAGCGAGGGCUCCACACCUCUGCCCGCAGUGUGCUCUCCAACUUUGCCCAGGGCCCCCAGAUGCACGUGGCCAGCGGUCUCCUAGGCAUGCCAGGUAAGCAUGCAGUGCGGAGCGGAGCCCCCAGCCGAGGACAAAGGCCGUACUUCACCAGCUCAGGAGUCAGCAUGUCGUACAUGAACGCUGGGGUUGGAGGUCAGAAGGGCUCGUCCUUGGCAGACCGUCAGCGCGAGUACCUGCUGGACAUGAUCCCUCCCAGGCCCAUCUCGCAGUCCAUCAGCACGCCGAAGUGAAGGACUGCACCCGCCGCAUGCAGUGCCUGUCCCGGUGCCUCGUUACUUAACCCAUUGCUUCAGAGGGAGCAAAACCCCCGACUUUACCCCCACUUUCCUCCCCCCACACUCCACCUGCUCCUGUUCCCCACCCCCACCUCCCACACCAGUAUUAUCGUUCUCUGUGUCUUUUGCUAACUUUGUCAUCGGCCUUUUGGAGGAGGUUGUGGGGAGGGGAUGGCAUGGAAACUGGAUUCCCCUGCGUGCUGUGCUCGCACGACCUUGGGAAGCAAGUGUCUCAGCCUUCAGGAAGGUGUGCCUGUACCUGCGUGUGCCCGAGCGUGUGCCUGUGUGUGUGUGUGUGUGUGUGUGUGUGUGUGUGUGUGUGUGUGUGUGUGUGUGUGUGUGUGUGUGUGCACAUACAGCUGUAUGUGUGUCUGUGCAUGUGCAUGCGCCUCUGUUUGCAUGCAUGCUAGUUCCUGCGUGUGUACACGUGCCAGUAUGUGGCCUUGUGUGCCCGUGUGUGUGUUUGUACAUGCCUGUGUGUUUUUGUAGGUGCCUGCUGUUUUCUUCCUUCGCCUCCCCCUUCACCCAUGACUGUGGCUUCAUCACUGAGAACCCACAGCACUCGCUUGGCCCAAUUCAUUGGUCUGAGAUGAGCCAAGGAGGAUGCAGAGGGAUUCUUUGCCCAACUCCUCACCCCCUCUGAAAGCAGGCCCAGUGACCCUUUGUGUUGGGGUGGUGGGGGCAGGGGUGAGUAGCACGGGCAGGGGUAAGCAACCCUAUCCCAGUCUGAUCCCCUCAGCAGCACUGGAGCUAAGCUGCCUCCCUCGGGGAGGGUUGAGCCAGGCUGCAACUCCCCCACCCAGUAGAAUAGCCCAGGUCAGAUAUUGUACAGGGGGAGCGCCCUUUUUGGGAAGAAGGCUUCUGAGGGUUGCCCGGGGGUCGGGGGGAGCCAAGAAGUGGAGAAGAGCAAUCUGAGACUCCACAGAGACUGCCUUUGCAGUCUCCAGUUUACUUUUUGUGGGAGGGGGGUUUUGUUCAUAUUAAUUGUCUGCGUAGGAGUGACCCACUGUGUAAGACCCUUCUAGCAAAGUCGGAGGCUGUUCAGCCCUUCGGGUCCAUGCCAGCUCUUCAAAAGGGCCGUUUUAAUCAGGCUCUUCCCUGAACAUCCCUCUCACUCUCACCACUGCCCCACGACUGAAGUGUUUGAGGUUGAAGGGAGACACCAGGAAUGAGCUGCCAGACUUGGAUUUGUCAGCGAGCUUUCCCAUUCGGAGGAGUGGCUGCCCAUGAAAGUGCAAGUUGGGGGGUGGUGGGAUGGUGUGGGGG